CUCAUGUUCUCUAACGACGAACCAUCUGCGUUACGAAUACCAACGCCACACAAAUGGUGUUAGCCAGUCUCACCAGUGGCCUAUGCCUCGGGUGACGCCGUACGGAGGUGACGCCCACUAAGCCCCACUGAGGGACUCGGGGCCGUUGGUCGCUGCCCGCUGCCCGCUAACUCCCGAUUCGCUUGUAGUUGGUACCUUGUCGGGAGGUCCUGGGAAAGUCGAAUUGUCAGACGUCACAAGUGCCGCGACGGCCGCUGCAUCUACAAUUUUUUUUCCCCCCAGAACGCGUCUCCCGCCUUUGCUCUUCAAGAACCAUCAACGUCAAAAUUCUACCCACGUAACUCAUUUCACUCGAACAGGCCACCGGCUUUGCACGCCGCACCCACCACCGCGCGGCAGAGAUGGGUUAAAGGCCCAACUCGACACUUGCCAUUUCGACCGACGCGAUGGCUACGACCACAAACGGCACCAAACCUUCAUCGCGCGAUGAGUCUUCGGACUCUAGCGGCAGCGACAGCGAAAAUGAGACCCCGACAGUCACCACCCCGACGACGGUAGAAUGGCUCGCGACCGGUCGAUCAAAGCGGUCUACCGCCGGUAACCGCAUGAAGUCGAUGCUCGCCAAUGAAGAACCUGACUCGGACCUCGAACUGCUCUUCGCCGAAGACGACAACGACGAAGGCUUCAGCGAUGUUGACGAUGCCGGUUCCGACGUGCAGAUGGACUCAUCGUCCGACGACGAGGACGACCAGCAGCAGGGGGAUGACCUGGAGGGAGAAAAGGAGCUCGAGAAGCAGGCCAGGGAUAAGAAGCUGGCGUCGCGGAAACGCAAGGCCCAGGAAGCUAUCCCGGCCAAGUUCAGAAAAAAGGUCCGCAUCGAACAGACCGCCGCACCCGCGCCGCGACCGAAGAAGAAGUCGGAACGAACGAGCUGGCUGCCCUCGGUGGCUGACAUGCCUAUCCGCGCCUCGCUCCGCCAGACGACGAUGCUCAGCAAGGAGCAGUUGCACCAACAGAUGAAGGAACGCGAGGCGAAGCGGUUGAAACAGGUGGCCAUCAUGGAGAAGAAGGCAAAGAAGCUGGAGGCGUCGAAGAAACCGCCCAUGACACAGGCGGAACGGCUAGCAGAGGCUGCUCUCGUCGAAAAGCGCAACGCAAAGUCGUUGAACAGAUGGGAGGUGGCCGAAAAAGCGCGAGAAGAAGAGAGGCUUGCGAAGCUCGCCGCACUCAACAACCGAACACUGAAGGGCCCUGUAGUAACGUACUGGAGCGGCAUCGGCGAGUGGGAGCAUCAUCUGAAGCACGUUGGCAGGGUCGCCGAGGAGGAGAAGCCCGUUCGGAAGAAGAGAGAAAAGAAGGAAAAGGUGGACAAGACGAAGGGCAAGGAGAAGGACCAGAAGGAUGGCAAGGAGGACGCCUCAGCGUUGAAUGCUUCUGAGCCGACGGUGCCUGCGGCGACAACAGAGCCAACAGCAGAGGGGCAACAGAACACAAAGCCUGAUGCUUCGCUAGUUCCUCCGACGUCAACGGACGUCGAACAACCUCAGCAGAACGAUACUCCAAAGGUACCAUCGCCAUCGACGCCCGCCCCGACAGACUCUACACCGACAGUGAAGACAGAAGACCGUCCUCAUGUAAUGGCUCCCCCGCCCAUUCCUCCACCGCCAUCAUCGUCACUCGCCAUGCCCAAACCCGAAGACAAAUCCAGGAUGAUGGCACCGCCAUCAAUGCCUCCACCGCCGACCUUUGGAUCCUCGCCCAUGGCUCCUAUUCCUAUUUCGCAACCUCCAAAGAGUUCGGUGUUGGCAGCUCCAGUGCUCGCGCCGCCUGUUCUCGCACCUCCCUUGGGCGGCAUCCACCUAGCCCAACACACGACGCAGCCAAAGUCGAAUGUUCUGGCGCCUCCUAAUCCAUGCCAGCACAAGUCUCCUCUCUCCAUGCCAGCCCCUCCCCCUCCUCCGUCAGCAAGACCGCCGCCGCCUCCCUCACUAGCAUCACUCCAGCCGAUACAACCAAUCGCUCCGCCUAAACCUCCAUCACAACCCGCAGUCGAUCCCUCUCCUCCCCCACCGCCUGCGCCGCCUGCGCCAGCAGAGGCACCAGCGCCCAAGGAGCCUCCCCCAAGCGAGGUCGCUCGCAACGCCUUUAUCCUCCGCAACUUUGACGAAGAGCGUGUGCGUGACAAGACAGUGCAGACCCAAAUUCUCUUUGGACGACGGAUGGACCGCCUUGCGAAGCCAGCACCUCGACCAGUAUGUGUCAUUACCGCCCACCCCGCUCGCUACCGCGACCCUGAGACGGGCUUACCUUAUUUCAACGCCUACGCAUACCGCGAAAUCCAACGCCUCCGCCGCGGCGAGUACAAGUGGAGCAGCUUGCUCGGCGCAUGGGUCGGCAGCUGCACAUACGCUGCUCGUGGAGUGCCGGAACGGUUCCUCAAGGGAGGACCGCCAAGACAGCCAAAGAAGAAGGAGGCUGAAGAGGAGGAGGCCAAGAAUGCAGAGACGGCCAACGGCGCCGUCGGGGAGGGCACCGAGAAGCAGGAACCCAAUGAUGCCAAGACGACACCGCCCGCUCAGGAGGUAGUGGUGGAUGGGCCGACAACCAAGAUGGAUGCUGUGACGGCUGCCGCGACGGUGCCUUCAUCGUCACCGUUGGCGGCGCAACCGCAGGCCCAGCCGCAGCCGCAGCCGCCAGCCCAGCUGCAAGCGCCGCAACCAUCUCCACCGGGCAAAGCUCAAACAACCCAGGACAAGGAGGCGAAGCCGGCCGUCGCCGAGUCUGCCCCACAACCCGCUGCCGCUUCGGUCGCGACUGCUGUCUGACCACGGCCGAUUGAGGAUUUUUU